AUGGAACCUGCCGGUGUUCCGGACUGGCUCCCACAAAUGGAGUUGCUGUUUGGAUCAGGUGGCGAUGCCGCGCUGGUGCCUGCUCGAGGGGAGCUCUUGCCCCCGCUGGUGCAGGCCCCACCCUUCAGCGCCCUUGGUGCCGGCGCGUUCGCUGCUGGUGGCGCUUCCGCCGCAGCCAGCGAAGCCGUACUUGCUGCUGUACGGUCCGCCUACCUGGAGCACGACAUCUCGAAGGCGCUGGCGGCAUCGCUACCGUACAUCGCACACCCCCUCCUCACUCUGUUCCCACGCGCGCCCGCCUGGCCGGAUGUAUCGCUGCCAUCCGCCGUGGUGGAGCCCACGCCGCCGCCGCCGGGGGGCCGCGAGUACGACGUCGGAUGGCAGGUGGUGGAGCUGGCGGCGGCAGCGACAGCGGCACCUGACGGCUCCUCCUCCUCCUCCACCGCCGCCGCCGCCGCCGGCAGGAUUGACAGCUUAGCGUUACAGCGGCGGUUGGCAGCACGUGGCGGCGGCACGGACUCGAACUGGCGGGGGCUCUCGGUGUCAUUGCCGUACAUGCCAGGUGGCGGUGUGGCGGUACUCGCUCCCUCGGGUCCGGCGGCUGCGGAGGCCGCUAGCGGACUGUGGCUGGCACAGCUGGAAGCGGGACUGGACCGACCCAUGGGUCUUCCCCUGGUGGCGGCACCAGGCCUGGGGACCGGACUGUUUGGCGGCUGGGCGGCGGCGGCGGCGGGUGAGGGAGCGUUCGACGGCACGGCGGCGGCGGCGGCCACAUCGGCGCUGCCGCUGCAGCGUACGGCAGGCGUACUGCAACCGCUCCCGCUGACGACGCCGGCUGGUGAGCGGAUCAAGCCGCUGGCGGAGGCUUUGCAGGGCGGAGGCGGAGCAGCUGCCGCAAUCGCUGGAUCUCAACUUGGCGGUGAGGGUACGGCAGCGACUGGAUCUGGAUCCAGAUCCCGUGCUAUUGCGGGAACGUUUGCGGAUCUUUGGUUGGAACCGGAACUGGCGGCAGUGUCGGAGGUCGAAGAGCACGGAGAAGACGCAGCGGAGGGAGCUGGUACGGAUGGUACGGCACGGCGCCGCGGUGGCGGCAGUGGUGGUGUACUUGCGGAACUGGAGACGAGGACGGCGGCCGCGGAAGCGGAGGGUGACGGCAGGCUGGCGGAGGUGUUGGCGGCGGCGGCGGCGGCGGCCACAGCGCGUCUCCCCCCCACCGCAACCAAAGGCCUGCCCGGGGGGCCUACCCCCGAUCACCCCUUCGCCGCCCGCCACAGCAUUCGAAAUGUGGAUGAGGAGUUCGAGAAGCUCCGCCCCCGCCUCGCGCUGCACUACCCCUUUGAGCUGGACACGUUCCAGAAGGAAGCCGUACUGCACCUGGAGGCGGGCAGGAGCGUGUUUGUGGCGGCGCAUACCAGCGCCGGUAAGACCGUUGUGGCGGAAUACGCCUUCGCCCUGGCCACCCAGCACUGCACCCGGGCGGUGUACACCUCGCCCAUCAAGACCAUUUCCAACCAGAAGUUCAGGGAUUUCUCGUCCAAAUUUGAGGUGGGCCUCCUGACGGGUGACGUACAAGUACGACCAACCGCGCCGUGUCUAAUCAUGACCACCGAGAUCCUCCGGUCUAUGCUGUACAAGGGCGCCGACCUGAUCCGUGAUGUGGAGGUGGUGGUGUUUGACGAGGUGCAUUACGUGAAUGACGUGGACCGCGGUGUGGUGUGGGAGGAGGUCAUCAUCAUGCUGCCUCCCCACAUCACCCUCGUACUGCUGUCCGCCACCGUACCCAACGUCAUGGACUUCGCCGACUGGGUGGGACGAACCAAGAGAAAAGUCAUUCACGUGACAGGCGCGCGCGCGCGUACGACCAAACGUCCCGUGCCGCUGGAGCACAGCCUCUACUACGGGGGGGAGAUAUACCCUAUCUGCUCCAGGGAGGUUUUCAACCCGGAAGGAUUACGUGCCACCCGUGGCGGAGGGCCCAACCGAGGGGGGCCCGGUGGGGGAGGAGGGUUUCGGAGCGAGCGGCAGCAGCUCCUAGAGCUGGUGGGGGUCCUGGGCAAGAGGGCCAUGCUGCCGGUGGCCGUGUUCUGCUUCAGUAAGAAGAGGUGUGACAUAUGCGCUGACGCGCUGUCCUCCCUGGACCUUGCCACCGGCUCUGAGAAGGCUGCCGUACACUCGUUUGUGGACCGGUGUUUGGCUCGACUGAAGGAAGGUGACCGGCAGCUGCCCCAGAUCCUACGUCUUCGCGACAUGAUGCGGCGGGGUAUUGCCGUACACCACGCGGGGUUGCUACCCAUCAUGAAGGAGGUGGUGGAGAUGCUGUUCUGCCAGGGAUACAUCAAGGUUCUGUUCUGUACGGAAACCUUCGCCAUGGGGGUCAAUGCCCCCACCCGUACGGUGGUGUUUCACUCACUCAGGAAGCACGACGGAAAGAACUUCAGAUACCUCCUUCCCGGGGAGUACACGCAGAUGGCAGGUCGCGCCGGUCGCCGCGGUUUGGAUGCCGUUGGCCACGUGCUGUUGGCGUGCUGGGACGAGCGGGAGUUGUACGGCGAGAGCGAGUUACGUACCAUGCUGCUGGGUCGGGGGGUGAAGCUGGAGAGCCAGUUUAGGCUCACGUACGGCAUGAUUCUCAACCUGCUUCGAGUGGAGGAUCUGAAGGUGGAGGACAUGUUGAAGCGCUCCUUUGCCGAGUUCCACGCGCAGCGGGCCGCCCCCGCGGGGGCCGCGGAGCUCAGUGACGUGGAGCGGCGGCUGGCGGCGGCGGCGGCCGCCCCCUGGCCCGCCACCUCCCUGGGCUGCUCCAGGGAGGAGGUGGAGGAGUACGCGGACCUGUGCGAGCAGCUGGAAGUGCUGUACGCGCAGUUGCAGGAUGCCCUCGUCGCCAACAAGUCGUUCCAGCAAGCUCUGGUGCCUGGUCGGCUCGUCCUGUACGGCAACCCGGUCAACGGGUUGACCGAGCCGGCUGUCGUACUUGGAGAUGCCCCGGCGCCGGCACCUCCUUCCUCGUCGACCUCCCCCUUGACGAACAAAACAACCACUACCAACAACCUCACAACCGCUACUGGUAAUGCCGUUGGUACGGCAGCGACCAGCGCCGGCAGUAGCAGCGGCCUUGGUCUUGGCAUCGGUACGGCAGCAGGCUCAGCGGCAUCCGGCGACCGGCGGCUGUUCUUGCUCGUCCUGCAUCGGCCCGGCAGUAUGGACGAGCAGCAUGAGCGGCAGGCCGAGCAGGAGCGACGCUCCAGGGAGGGACCUGCGGCGGGUGGCGGUGGCGGCGGCGGCCUUUCACCGGCAGGCUUUGGCGGCAUGACAUCGCUCCAAUCUCGCAAGCAGCAAGAGCUUGAUGAUAUGUUUGGUGGUAUGGUCAAGGUCGGGGAAAGGAUGCUGAAUUGUCGUACAAUUGCUUGUGUCGUCCAUGUGCCGUACGUGUCGUACAUGUACAAAAGGUCCAUUGUGGGAGUCUGCCGGGCGCGACUGCGGCUUGACGGCGCCGACGACAUCCUCUCUUGCGGGGGAGACUGGACCGCCAAUGCCGUACGACGGGCACUGGCGUCGGCGCUCCGCGGUGCGGCACGGGCCGUCGACGAGGCGGCGGCUGACGGCGGCGGCGGCGAGCUUCCGUUAUUGGACCCACGGGUCGAUUUCAAGAUUGCUGACGUGGCUGCCGUACAGGCGAUGCUGGCACGCGCCGCGCUGCAGUCCCGCCGAGCCGCCCUCCGGCCGCAUCGCGACCCCGGGCUGGUGGAGGCCUUCCAGCUUGUUCGCACUCACCGUCAGCUGUCCCGGCGGGCGGCUGAGUUACGACACCAACUCAGUGACGCCAGCCUCCAACAGCUUCCCGAGUUCGAGCAGCGUGUGGCGGUGUUACAGCGGCUGGGUUACCUGGAGGCGGACAGGUCUGUAACGCUCAAGGGCCGUGUGUGCUGCGAGAUACAGUCCACGCAGGACGAGCUGGUUGCCACCGAGGCGGUUUUCAGCGGGCUGCUGGGCGAGCUCAGUCCCGAGGAGGCGGUGGCGCUGCUGUCGGCAUUAGUGUUCCAGGAGAAGUCCGAGGUGGAGCCCCGGCUGCCGCCCUCCCUGGCCUCCGCCCGCGACUCCCUCACCGCCCUCACCGCCUCCCUAGCCGGCAUACAGAGGGAGGGCGGACUGGAUGUGGUUCCGGAGCAGCACGUGGCGGAGGUGCUGCACUGCGGUCUGAUGGAGGUGGUGUACGAAUGGGCCCGUGGCACUCCCUUCUCCGCCAUCACGGAGCUAACCGACGUGAUGGAGGGCUCCGUGGUGCGGGCCAUGGUUCGACUGGAUGGGGCGUGCAGGGAGCUGCAGGACGCGGCCCGGGUAAUGGGCAACACGGCUCUGUUUCAGCUCAUGCAGGCAGCCAGUGCCGCCAUAAAGCGUGACGUCAUCUUCGCGGCGUCGCUUAGUACCCUGGCUCAAAACCCUACCUACCUGACCUACCAACCUACCUACCUGACUCUCACGAACUGCACCCACGGGAACGUCAUUUUGGGUUGGGUAAACUCCCUCUUCACUGUUAAUGUGACAAGCUACAGCCAAUGCUACAGCCACCAAUGGCCACGUCUUACCGACCUCGCGCCGCCGCUACUGCCGCUAUAUUGCUGGCUUCCAUGGUAUCACCUGCUCAAGGUCAACUACUCCCCCCCCCGCACCACCUACAAUAACAUGAUCGCUUUGCCCCCCUCCGGGAGCCCCCCCCCCGCCUGGGGCCUCCUGCCCGCCUCCCUACGGUAUGCAUGA